CCUCCUCCUCUUCACUACCAUCAUCCUCAUGAGCGGAAGUGCUGGGAAACCAAAGCCACAGGAAACACGGCAUGAUCCGAGCCGCCUGCUAACUAAUCACCUAACUAACCAGCACAGGUGUCCCACCCUGACUGCCGCACUCAGGGAAGCAUGGGAGCCUCUCCGAGCAUCGAGAUACCAGGUGGAGGCAAAGAGGGAUACCACGUCCUCAGGGUGCAAGAGAAUUCUCCCGGUCGCCGUGCAGGACUGGAGCCAUUCUUUGAUUUUAUCAUCUCAAUCUGUGACACUCGGCUGAACAGGGACAAUGACACCCUGAAAGAGCUGCUGAAGAUGAAUGUGGAGAAACCCGUCAAGAUGUUGUUGUAUAGCAGCAAGACGCUGGCCGUGCGGGAGACGACGGUCACGCCCAGCAACAUGUGGGGCGGCCAGGGGCUUCUGGGAGUCAGCAUUCGCUUCUGCAGCUUCGAGGGAGCCAAUGAAAAUGUUUGGCAUGUCUUGGAAGUGGAGCCGAAUUCUCCUGCAUCCCUGGCAGAUUUGAGGCCGCAUGCAGACUACAUUAUAGGAGCAGACACCGCCAUGACUGAGAGCGAAGAUCUGUUUUCCCUCAUUGAAACACAUGAAGGGAAGGAGCUGAAGCUCUACGUUUACAACACAGACGCAGACAACUGCCGCGAGGUGGUCAUCACCCCAAACUCUGACUGGGGUGGAGAAGGAAGUCUAGGCUGUGGGAUUGGCUACGGUUACCUGCACAGGAUACCUACCCUGCCAUUUGCUGAGGGUAAGAAGAUCAGUUUACCAGUACGGACUCAUUACGAACCACUUCCUUCACCAAAAGAUGGCUUCACAGAGGUCCACCUCUCUGCCGUCGUUCCAACUGUUCCGAUUGCUGUGUCUUCUUCUGCUUCGACGGGAUUGGAGCAAGGUCUCGCUAGCUUGUCCGUCAGCUCAAACCCAACAUCAGUCCUGAGCAGUCAUACAGGAGUUGCUGCUGUCCCGCUGCACAACCAAGUACCCCUCUCACAAACUGUUCCACUGUCUGUCAGUCCUGCUCCAACGCUACCAGGCGUAAUGCCCCUACCUGGAGGUCUUUCACCUUUUCCUAAUCUACCAAACCUAAAUGUCUCGUUGCCAGAUAUGAGUCGUGUAUUGCCACCGGGAGUUGGAAUACAGCCUGCAGGUCUUCCACCUCUUUCAGCAGUGAACCUGCCAGGUGUAGCCCCCAGUGCAACUCCUCCCCUAUCCAACUUUGUUUCACCCCCAGUCUUUGCUAGUACUUCUCCUGCUUCCACUAUCCUAAUGAACAGUUUUCAUGCCAAAACCCCCAACUCCCCAUCAGUGACCACCUCUGGAUCAAUAAAUAUUACAAUGUCUGCAGACUCAUCUUAACAGAAAGCAAAAAUUGAAGAUGUUGGCAUGCUCUCUAUAGUCUUUACACAGUGUAAUCUGUCCAUUCACCCCAGCACUCGGCUGACAAAUUACACGUGCACACAGACCAUCAGGAUUGUUGUGCGAGCUCAGCUGCAAGAAUGGAACUGGUAUUAAAUGCAGGACAUCCAGUUUGUCUUGGAAAUGGUGUGUCAGAAGAAAAGUCCUGCGUCUGAAGGCAGUUAAAGGAAAUUUGAGAGCAUUUUGGAGUCUAAGUUAUUCUGUGACAGAGGACAUUUAAAUUCUUUUUAAAAUAUGGAACAUGGGUUAUUCAAAUUGUGCAAAUCAGCAUCUUUGCAUCGUCAAGGAUUACACUACUUAACGGGAGGGCUCAACUAUAACUUAUACUACUGGGGAUCUUCCAUUAGAAAACAAGGCUUGCUGGCUGCAGCGUUGCAGACAUUGUUUUCUUGUCUUGUAUGAAAUUAUUUGUAAAGUGAAAUAUUGUUACCUUGAUUAAACUGAUGUAUUUUCUCAAUGUUA